GCAACUGCUAUUUUUGAUUGUCAUUCGCAUUUUGCAUUAAACCUUACAUUCGCUUAAAAAACACUUAAUAAUGGCAUUGGCUGAGAUCUGCAAAAUAUCCAAUGCUUCGUAUAUGAAGCCGGCCGCCUGGACUUCGGCGGAUGUGGAGGACGACCUAAGGGGUCUGACCUGCAACCUGGCCAACCCCUACACCCUGGCUGCUCCACCAUUCGAAAAUCCCAUGCACAACCUCAACCAGAUCCAGGCCAAUGCCGAUAAGACCGGCAUCAAAAUCGAUUUUGACCACGGCACCACAACGCUGGGCUUCAAGUUCAAGGGAGGCGUCAUUUUGGCCGUGGAUUCUCGUGCCACUGGCGGCCAGUACAUUGGCUCGCAGUCAAUGAAAAAAAUCGUGGAGAUUAAUGACUUUCUGCUGGGCACUCUGGCUGGCGGCGCCGCCGAUUGUGUGUACUGGGAUCGCGUGCUUUCUAAGGAGUGCCGCCUGCACGAGCUACGCAACAAGGAGCGCAUUUCGGUGGCGGCAGCCAGCAAGAUCAUGGCCAACAUUGCCCACGAGUACAAGGGCAUGGGUCUGAGCAUGGGCAUGAUGCUGGCUGGCUACGACAAGCGUGGUCCCGGUUUGUACUAUGUGGAUUCGGAGGGCUCCCGCACACCCGGUAACCUCUUCUCCGUGGGCAGUGGGUCGCUGUUCGCCUACGGUGUCCUCGAUUCGGGAUACCACUGGGAUCUGGAGGAUGAGGCGGCCCAGGAGCUGGGACGCCGUGCCAUUUACCACGCCACCUUCCGGGAUGCCUACUCUGGCGGAAUCAUUCGUGUUUACCACAUGACCCAGAAUGGUUGGGUCAACGUUUCUAACACAGACUGCAUGGAGCUGCACUACAAGUACAAGGAAGAGAAGGAGAAGCAGGCUCACUAGAGCGUAGAUUCGGGUGUUAAGUGAAUAUAAGAUAUUCUGUCGAACGAAGUUUGUAUUUCUUGGAAUAAAUAAACAUGCUUUUGUGGUAA